AUGUCGUUUCCUUGGGACUCAAGCCCGAAGUUCAUUGCUCCCUCAUACGUAUGGGGCGACGAAGACGAUUCACGAUCGAUGGUUCUCGACGGGCAUUUGUUCGUCAUCACCAAUAAUCUUCAUUCAGCUCUCUUAGCCAUCGCGACCGAUGCUGCUCUGGUCACCGACUUCUACUUCUGGAUCGACGCCAUCUGUAUCAACCAAGCUGAUAUCGACGAGAGGAGCACGCAAGUCCCUCGAAUGGCAGACAUUUACAGUCCGGCUUAUUCGGUAUUUGGGUGGCUGGGGAACACCGGUCAUCUUGGCGCGGACGUUGGGUUGUUAUUCGAGGAGGUUACAUCACACGGGAAACUCUACGACGAACUUCGCCAAUUCCUUGACGAGGGUUUUUCAUUCCCCUGGGAGACAGAGCAGUUGACUCGUAAACAUCGGACCAGUCUUCGAGAUUUCAUCCUCUUCUGGUUUGUCUUAGACAACGACGACAGUGGAAACCACGACAGUACUCCGUUGGAACUACUCCAGAUAUACCACUCGAGGCGUCUCGUACACUCCGGAUCUCCUUCAAGCCUUCCAAGUGCCGCUCAUGCUCUUAUUGUAGCGCUUUUCGCCACCAUUGACGCCCAGUCAAAGCUUGCCCACGACCGGAUUUACGGCACUUUGGGACUGGUCGGGAAAUUCAUCAGUAUGAACAACUGCGCCACCCUACCAGUUGAGCUCACUCCCAAUUACCGUCAACCAUUUGAUAGGGUGUGCCACCAGUAUGCGGUUUACAUUCUGCAAGAGACUCGUGAUCUGAGGCUUUGGCGCACCUUUCGAAGGCAGAUUUGCGGUGUUCCGUCAUGGGUGCCCGAUUUCCGAUAUGCUAGUCGCAUCGACACCGACAUGAGAUUCGACUUGAAGGCACACUUGAGCUUUUCGUUCCCUGGGGGUGAAAUUGAUGAGAAGGCGCUACGGAAUCGCAUAUCGGAAUUCGAAAGUCUCAUCAUCGCACCUUCGGCAGCCAGAACGAACUCUUCGUUGGAGCAGACACGCCAAAAGUGGUCGGACAGUGCUAGCCAUAUAGUUCGGGACGGACCUACUUCAUGUCUCAAGUGGUACGACGAAUUGCGACUCAAAGCGCAACUGCCUGACGAGUUACUCGGAAGCCAGUUGGACUACAUUGGCGGUCGGGACCACCAUGAUUUUACUAAAGUCAUAUAUACUUUAACGAAGCAGCAUGUUCUAUGCGAAGACGGCCAGAUAGCGGCUGGCUACAGGCAAGAUGCCAUGGUACGGAAUGGUGACGUCUUGUGCCGUUUUAGGGGUGCUUAUGAGCCUUCGCUACUCCGCCCCACGGGUCUACCUCACGAGCCGUACGAGUAUAUUAGCCAGUGCCGCGUGAUCUACGAUCCUCUACUCGACGUCGAUGCUCACCACGCAUUCUUCCUGGAGCAUCCUACUACAUCAUUCACUCUCAUAUAA